ACAAAAAUUUGUUUACGAUAAAACAAGUGUGUAAAAACGUAUAUGUAAAGUUUGUACUGUUUUUUUAAUUUUUUCUUUUUUUUUUUCUUAACAACAACAAAAAUAUGGAUGACACGUGUAAUAAUGACAAUAUGAACAUGAAUGAGAUAAUAAACGAUGAUAAUUGUGUUGUAAUGAUAAACGAUAAAAAUUACGAAGAAAAUCAGUACUUGAAAUCUGACAGUUGUAAUGUGUCGUCGAGUUUUUACAUUGAAUUUGAAAACUUGUGUUACGAAGUGCCAAUUGCAAAAGAUAAACGAAAGCAAAUAUUGCACAAUGUAACAGGUUAUUUUGAGCCAGGAAAAUUGACUGCCUUAGUUGGGCCGUCAGGUGCUGGAAAAUCGACUUUGUUCAACAUAAUAUCUGGCAUUAAAUCGUCCAACGUUAAAGGUUCUAUUAAGAUAAACGGUCAUGAGGAAAUAAAUGCGAAUACAUUCCGAAAACAAAUUUGUUACAUACCGCAGGAAUUCACUUUGCAUCCAUUAUUAACUGCGAAAGAAACCUUUUAUUUUGCCUGUCGUCUUAAACUUGGUCAAGGUUAUUCAAAAUUGAAGUCACGUUUUAUCGUGAAUAAAAUUGCGGAAAAUCUUGGAUUAACGAAAUGCCUUGAAACACCUGUUGGAAAAUUAAGCGGUGGUGAAAAAAAAAGACUUUCCAUCGGUAUAGAAAUUGUGACAAAACCAGCAAUUUUAAUAUUAGACGAACCAACUAGCGGACUUGACAGUUCAUCGUCUAAUCAGAUUAUCAACGUGUUACAUUCGAUGUCAAGGUCAGGAUGUACAAUAGCCUGUAGUGUUCAUCAACCAAGCAGCCAAAUGAUUUCGAAAUUUGAUAAUAUGAUAAUUAUAAAUCAUGGUACAACUUUAUAUUGCGGAUCACGUGAAAAUAUUUUAGACACUUUCAAGAAUGUUGGAUUUGUUUGUCCAACUUUUUACAAUAUCGCUGAAUUCGUACUCGAAGUUGUGACUGAUCAAUGUGAUGAAAAUUUAAAUAAUCUUAAGAAAAUUCAUACAGACGAAUACAAUGAACGAAAAUCGAAAAAAAUAUUGUAUAAUACGAUUGAUGCGGAAUUAUCGGAUACGUACGAGAAAGAUAAUUUAACAAAUGAUAAAUAUAAAGAACAUUCUGUGUGGCAACAAUUACAAAUUUUAUUAUUACGGUCUUUUAUAUGUAUGACGCGAGACAAUACUAUGACAAAAUUAAGACUGUCCGCACAUAUAAUAGUAGCACUUUUAAUUGGUUCUGUAUAUUAUGAUUUUGGUAAUGACGAUAAAAAAGUUACCAGUAACGUUUCUUGCAUCUUUUUCUUCUUACUAUUUUUAUUUUACGCCAAUUCUAUGCCAGUUGUACAAAUAUUUCCUACCGAAGCAGAGGUAUUCUAUCGAGAACAUUUAAAUCAUUGGUAUAAAUUUUUUCCAUAUUAUACAUCCAAAAUAAUCUCAGAUAUACCUGUACAGUUACUCUGUCCAACCUUUUUUUUUUCUAUAGCAUAUUAUUUAACCGGUCAACCUAUGGAAUGGAAUUGUUUUAUGAAAACUUGGUUAAUUUGCAUCUUACAUACUAUUCUUGCUCAAUCAGUUGGAAUAGCAGUAGGUGCAGCUUUUGAUACUAACAUAGGAACUUUCCUCAUUCCUGCAUUGAGCAUACCAAUGUUCUUAUUCGCAGGUUUCUUUUUAAAAAUCAAUGAAAUUGCAUGGUUUUAUCAACCAUUGUGUUCAAUCAGUUUCUUUAGGUAUGCAUUCGAAGGUUUGAUGCAAAACAUUUACAGUCUUGAUAAAGAAUCUUGCGUGGAAAUAUAUUGUCGUUGGAUAAUAUCUGAAAAAAUUAUGUUCUCAAUGGAUAUGAGACAAGUGAAGUUUCAAACUGUCAUCGGUGUUUUAAUUGCAUGGAUUUGUUCAUUACAUGUUAUUAUAUAUUCCAUAUUGAGAUGGAAAUUAUAUUGCAUUAGAAAAUAAUUACGUUAAUUGUUUUAAUAUUAGUUGUAAGUAGACGUAUAUAUAAAAACAUACAUUACAACAAGUACUUAAUUAGUUUUGCUAAUUGAUAAACAAAGCUAUUAUAGAUAAUAUAUAAUUAAAAAAGAAAGUAAAUGAGAGGAAGAAAGAGAGAGAGAGAGAGAGAAAAUAAAGAAAGAACAAUUUAUUUUAAUGUUCUUAAAUAAGAUACAUAAAUGAUGAGGAUGACGAUAUCUUGUUACAAAAACGUAUAAUUGACAGGUAAACGUUACUGGGACCAAUUAUUACAACUAAUUAUGUUAAGACCCACGAGGGAUGUGCAUCCUAAAGAUGCCUAACUCUUACAUAACUAAAAGAACCUAACUCUUAGGCCCCACCAUAAGAGUACCAUCUGAAAAAUCCAUAAAAUGAUUAUCUUGAACAUUCUAAAAAACAUAAUGAUAAAUGAGAAGUACAACCUGAAUAGAAUUUAAGUACCAUCGUUGAUCCUAUUGAAAAUUAACACACCUUAGAAUAAUUUUAAUAUAUGCAUAAUAGAAAGAUCACAAGUUGUGAAUAUUUUAUAUUUAAUAAUUUUCA